AUGGGCGACCCUGAAAAGCUCUUCUGGUGCGGUGACGUUGGUUCGGGACUUGCUGCUAAGAUCAGCAACAACUACAUCUCCUGCUCUGUUCUACUUCUGAUAUCUGAAGCUAUGGCAAUCGGAGUGAAGUCUGGAGUGGACCCGAAGAUGCUCCAGACAAUUAUUCACAACUCUACCGGUCAAACAUUCAUGGGAGAUAAUGUCUGCCCAGUCCCUGGAGUCAUCCCACAUGCCCCCAGUAGUAAUGAUUGGAGGCUGGGAUUCAAGACUCAGAUGUUUCUCAAGGAUCUGUCUCUGGGCAUCGAUGCUGCAAAACAGGAGAAUAUCCAGCCGACGAUGGCAGAAGCGGCCUACGGGGUAUUUGAAAAAGCCUCCAAGGACCCCCGCUGUAUCGAUCGUGAUGGCUCUUCGGUCUACCUUUACGUCACAGACUCAAAGACUUAA